AUGGUAGGCUUCACUGCUACCGAGCAUCCAUCGCUGAAGGUCUUCGGAAUCCCAGAGCUAGCUCAUCUAAUCUGCUCUACCAUUCGAAAGCGUGACAAUGUUAGCCUUAUGGGCGUCUGUCGCCAGAUUUUUCACAGUGUCAUACCUUUUGUAUGGGAAGAAGUCGAUGAGGCUAAUGCCUUGAUGUCUAUGAUACCUGGGGGUGGCAUUGUGACCUACAAUUCUGACUUGUUGACGUAUGCGGUUAUGCAGCUGCCUAGCUCACUGGAACUAUCGCGAUUCAACAUAUACGCCCCUCACAUAAAACGACUUACUCCUUCAGCCUUAUAUGUUGACAGAUGCGAAGGUUGGGAAGGGUUUCUUGCUUGCACUCGAUCUGUAGACCUACUCCCAAACCUAGAAGCGCUUCAUCUUCCUGUCCCUCGUUAUAGUGAGCACAUAAUUGACCCAGAUAACACUCGGAUCGACUCGGCGAAUUGGGUCAUGGCUUUCUUGUCUACCUCAGUGCAGAAACUGGUGCUGGUGCCCCCGGAAACCGAAUUUUUAAUGCAAGGCACAUAUUGGCUCGAUUUUGAUACGACCAAUCGUAUUAUGGACCUUGCUUCGCAGAAAUGCCCCCGUCUAUGCCUCUUGAGUAUUUUCCCUGCAGAGGUCAAGGGUGUGAUAUCUCGAAACUCGAUCGCGUCAUCCUUCGAACAGGUUCUAUUCCUACCCGACGCACUCCAAAUUCAUUCGAGCAUACUUCGUCUCCAUAGCUUGUCCUCCUUGUCUACGUCGCCAGCUAUCUUGAGUACCAGAGCGCUUGCUGCUCUUUCAAGCCUUCCCAACCUCAAAUCUCUUUGUGUAUCUGGCCAAGAGUCCAAUGUCGAAGUCUACUGUGAUGGCUUGCAGAUACCAAUAGACGGCUUUCCGGCUCUGACGAAUCUGGAACUCCACCAGCUAACUUGGGAAACAAUCCUGAACUUGUGCAAGUCCAAACCAAUUGUUACCGGCUUACAUUCUAUGACUGUUUCAGCUCCUAACCAGGCGCUGGGCAGUGAUCUUCAUGUGAGCCAUGCAAGUUUCUCGGAUAUCGUUCCCUUGCUGGUGGCCAACAAGUCCAGUAUCACUACCCUAAAUUUACACGACUACUGGUAUCGACUUGUUUCACCCGAAUCACUUACUUCCUGGAAGCAUCUUCCAUUGCUCAGUCUUCAUUUGGGAUGGUCCAUAUCUUUUGAAUACAAGUUCGAAGAAUUCAGCCGAUUUCUAUUGUGCCUCCCUUUCUUGGAAGAGCUCAAGUUGAAUAUGACACAAGAGCCCCUCGACCUUGAAAAAUUGAAGGCAAUCGUUGAUCUUUUGCCUCACCUUCGCCGUCUAUGGAUCCCAGUCGAAUGGAGAUUGGUUACCAUGCUCACCGAAACAGACUUUGUACCAUCUCAAUCACAAAGUACGAUUCUGCUUCAUAUAUGGAGUGACUUCUAUCUACCCGAUCCACAACAAGAAAACGCUGAGCAGCUGGCUAGGUGA